GUCACUUUCUUAUUAUUAGUCCAUGAGCUGGCCACGCACUGUGAUUUUGUCCGCUUUUGUAGAAAGAUUGAAGAUUACAAUGAAUAUUGUCUUAUCGAGUGACAGAUUAUCUGUUGAUAGUAGAACGAAUUGAUCGGCUGUCUAUUUGUACUGUUUGAGGGUUUUUUAAUUUAGUUUUUUUUUUUUUACAUGAAAAGCAAGAAACGAUCAAGGGAACUGACAGCUGUCCCAAGUCCACAGCUUUUAGGUCACGAUGGGGAAGAAGAGGGGAAAGGAGAAGAACUUCAGAGAAGACGAUGCCUUCGAAGUGGCAGGUCCAUCCUGUGUACACAUCCGUAAGGGGAUAGAUCAGAGCCUUCUGAAGAAGACCUCAGCAGAUGUGGCCUGGAACACCUGUCAGGACUGUAAAGACGAGGAUGGCCCUGUGUCGUCGGAUGACCAGAAUGGGGAGUGCCCCCUGAUCUGGGUCUGCCUGAAGUGUGGUCACCGGGGCUGUGGGAGGAACUCCGAACACCAGCACGCCGUCAAGCACUACGAGAAGCCCCACUCCGACCCGCACUGCCUGGUUCUCAGCAUGGACAACUGGAGCGUGUGGUGCUACAUCUGUGACGAUGACGUUCAGUAUUCCACCACGGGACAGCUGGCUCAGCUGGUGAACAGCAUUAAAAAGCAAGCUCUGCCUGGGUCCCCUAGGAGAACACCACAGGAAAAAGUGAAGGAGGAGGACAGCCAGACUGAUGCCGUCGAGGAAAAAGUACCUGAGAAGGAAAACGUAAUCCUGCAGUCGAAGGAAAACAGGAGGAAUGCUGGUGACUCCAAAGGUCAAAGGUCGGGAGCAAGUACACCUGGCCCUAGUGUCUCCGUCCGAGGACUCAGCAAUCUUGGGAACACGUGUUUCUUCAACGCUGUCAUACAGAACCUAUCCCAAACGCAGCUCUUGAGGCAGAUUCUUAAUGAUGUCACAGAUGAGAAGACCAGCCUCACCGUCACCCCAGACUCGUCCACUGAGCUGGAACCUAUUUUGAUCCCACUGGAGCAACCUGGUUCUCUCACCGUAGCUAUGUGUCAGCUGCUGAGCGAAAUACAAGAAACCAAGAAGGGCGUGGUCACGCCCAGGGAGCUCUUCACACAAGUCUGCAAGAAGGCUGCCAGAUUUAAGGGGUUCCAGCAGCAGGACAGCCAGGAACUUCUGCGAUAUCUUCUGGACGGGAUGAGGGCCGAGGAGACGAAGAGAGUAAGCUCAGGGAUUGCUGAAGCAGCAAAAAGGUCUGGAAAAACCACGGAUGCUGAAGAAUUAAAGAAGUUGGUUAAAGCAUACGAGAAAAAUGGAGCGCCCAAGAACUUUGUUGACCAGGUUUUUGGCGGAGAGCUUACCAGCACGGUCAUGUGUAAAGAAUGCAAAACCGUGUCUUCAGUGACAGAGAUGUUUCUUGACCUUUCUCUUCCAGUUUCAGACGAGGCAUACAGGAAAAAGAAUCAAAAGAAAACACCGAAGAGCAGCGAGGGCAAGGACAGCGACCGGGACAGUCCUGUUCCACUGGCCAGUGGAAACGAUGACAUUCCUACUGGCGCAGGGAGCAAGUACCAGCAGAAGAAAGCCAAGAAGCAGGCUAAGAAACAGGCAAAGAACCAGAGGCGCCAGCUUAAGCAAGGAGGAAGAGUCUCUCUGGAUGCCGUAGCCAAUCAGGAUUCAGCUGAGCCUGAGGAGGGGGAGGAGACAAGCUCUCUCGGGGAGGGGGGCGGGUCCGAAUCGGGGGCCGCCUCCGGAGAAGGGGGCGAGGCAGCCGGGGCAUUGGACAUGGAGCAGAGCAGACCAGGGCCCGAUGGAGACGUCCAGGCCGUGGAGAAUGCAGCUGAGGAAGAGGAGGAGGCAGCGAUGGAGUGUGAUGAAGACGGAAUCUCUGCGGUCAGCAACCGUUUCACAGCCCUGUCCGAGGACCAGAGCGCAGGCGGAGACGGAAAAGCGGCCGAGGGCAAGCCGGCAGAGGAGGAGGAGGAAGUGGCCACACCCACCCAUGAGGAAGACCAGCUUGCCGAAGACAUGACCCAGCUCUCCCUGGACAACGCCUUUGUCGCCCCUGACGACGUCCAGCUGGACGUGGAGAGCGAGAACACGCCCACCGACGCCAAGGAGUACACCGUGGUGAACCAGGACCCCGAGCUGGCCUUCCACACGCUGGCCACCAGGGCGGCGCCAGAGAAGCAGGAGUGCUCGGUCAGCUCCUGUCUGUUCCAGUUCACGGAGGUGGAGAACCUCACCAAAAACAACAGCCUGCUGUGCCUCACGUGCUCACGACGACAGUCGCGGCCCAAAGCGUCAGACGGCUCCAAGACCAAGGUGUACACCGACGCCUUGAAGCAGAUGCUCAUCUCGUCCCCUCCCCCUGUGCUCACCCUGCACCUGAAGAGAUUCCAGCAGAUCGCGUACAGCGUUUCCAAGGUGAAUCGCCAUGUUCAGUUCCCUCAGAUUCUGGACCUUGCACCUUUCUGCUCCGCCAACUGCAAGAACGUUGCAGAGGGACAAACCCAGGUGCUGUACAGCCUUUAUGGAAUCGUUGAGCACAGCGGAACGAUGAGAUCCGGUCACUACGUCGCCUACGUCAAAGCGCGACCCUCCAACCCUCCGGCCACCUCUCUCAACGGACCAACAACACAAGGCGAGAACGAAGCCCCAAAAGGGUCGUGGUUCCACGUGAGCGACUCCAGCGUGCAGCCCGUGCCCGAGUCCAGGGUGCAGAGCUCGCAGGCCUACCUCCUCUUCUACGAGCGGAUCUCCUAGCGCGCCCGUCGUGCGCGGAGCCCGGGGACACGCUGUUCCCGCCGCUUCGGGAACGUCCCGGAGGAACUGGCGCGUAUCCCGGGAGACGGACGGCGGAGUGCCAACCACGUCCCGCCGCUCAGCUGCCUGUCUCUGGCAGCGUUGUGACUUGAGCUCCAGGCGAUUGCAAUGAGACCCUCACUUUCCACUUAAUCGUGUUGCGGUUGAACAGAGAGGGGGUGGGGGGUGGGGGGUGGGGUUUAACGGAUCAUGUCAGGCAUACAGAAAUUCCACAGAACAGUAAGACAUCAGUAUAAUCAAGAACGUUUUCCACGUUAUGCGUAUUUGGGAAGGGAGAAUGUGCACCACAAGGUGUUGUGAAAAUACACACACAUCUCUGCAAUGAUUACUGUACUUCCUGGAACUGAAAAUGAAAUGAUUAUGGUUAGAUAAGAAGAGCACCAGAAUCCAGUUCACUCGCUGUGUAAAUCACUGUACACAAAACACAACUUGAAAUGGAUAGAACCUACUUUUGAAAAUGGUCUAAUUUUGUGAGGGGGGAGGGAAUUGUAAUUCACUUGUAUAUGAAUUAUUUAUUUCUUUAACUUUUUAUGAUGUCAGAAUUAAAGAACUGUUGCUUAAAAGAUUA